GGUCAAGUAGUACAACUCAACGAUCGAGUAACCGAAUCUUUAACUCGUCGGGUGCAUGAUUGAACAGUGUAGCUCGGAUAAACUUUCAUCUUUAAUUUAUUAAGAAGGAAUAAAUAUUUUUCUGACUUGACGAUGAAUUAUGUUGCUGAAAAAAUGAAAAUCCGAGCGGAACAGGUUUCAUGGCAAUUCGAUUGAAACUACACCUGCAUAAAACUAUAUCCAACAAAAGUUAUAAUUUUUAAUUUUCCCGACAGCUUGAGUACCUCUGCUAAGUGCAAAGAUUACACUUACCACAAGGCAUUAUCCUGUACGCAGAAUCCGCAAUACAUAUCGAAUUGGAACACAUACCAUCAGAAUGUUAACCACAAACAGUGUCAGAUUAAUUCUUGAGAAACAUUUCACCAAGAGGAGUUAUAUGGGUAACACAUACUGUCAUUUGAAAACCUAUCAGGACAAUUACAAGGAUCUAGUUCGGACAUGUAGUUAUUCCACAAAAUUCGAUGCCAAGAAUAAUAGUGAAUCGCCAGCUGACCCCAGAGUCCAGGCGCUCCGUGAGAAAUUAAUAUAUUGUGACUACCUGGACCGUGACAAUGUGAAACCAGGUAUUCUGAAACGUUUCAUAUGGAACAAGAAGCUCAGAUUCAUCGAGAAACAACUGCAGGUUGAUAAACUCGUGAAUGAACCUGUCUACAGCAUAUUCUUGGACGAGUAUGUCAAAGACAACGAAAGUUUGCAGGAAGAUAAACAGGAAGAUAAACAGGAAGAUCAUACAAAUCCGAGGGAAAAUAUAACAAGACCCGUGCACAUGCCGUACGCCAGUACGGACAAGUACAGCAGCACAGACACAGGCAAGAGCAAUUUUGUUGAGAUCGAUUUUGACGAGAGCAUGUUACCGUUGAAUGAGAAGUACAGGAGCCUUUAUGAAAAAUACCUGGAGGCAAAGAAUGCCACCGAGGAAAACAGUGGCAAGGAGCUCAAGCUGGAUGAAUACAUGAAAGAACAGACAAACGUGUCUUACAAGACAGAUCUGUCGAACGUCCCGUUCAAUUGGAUGGCCGACUUUGAGGAAUUCGACGACACGAUGCAGGAGAAAACGUGGCUCAGCAACUAUGGUACCCCGGAUCCAGAAUCCAGCGUCAGCUCCGUACCAUGUGGCGGAUGCGGCGCCUUGCUGCAUUGCAAGGAUCAUGCUUUACCGGGCUACCUGCCGUCCGAGCUCUUCCUGAAGAAGAGCAAGCACAAGCAGCAAGUUAUGAUCUGUCAACGGUGCCACUUCCUGAAGUACUACAAUGCUAUGUUAGAGGUGAAGGUGUCGCCAGAGGAGUUUGCGGAGCUUCUCAAGGUUAUCAAGACGAAGAAGUGCGCUGUGAUUCUGAUGGUCGAUCUCACGGACUUCCCGUGCAGCAUAUGGCCGGAGAUAAACAGCGUGCUGCACCCUUUCACGACGGUGUUCGUCGUGGGCAACAAGGUCGACCUGUUGCCUCCGGACUCGCGGAGAUUCCUCACUCACGUUAAGGAGUGCCUUUCGAGGGCCGUAGAGAAUAUGGGGGUCGAUAAGAAGUGUAUCAAAUAUGUGGGGCUCAUAUCCGCGAAAACCGGCUACGGCAUAGAGGAGCUCAUCGACAAACUGUACAGUCAGUGGCAGUACAAAGGAGACGUUUACGUGAUUGGAUGCACCAACGUAGGCAAGUCCUCGCUAUUCAAUGCUCUAUUGCAGUCCGAUUAUUGCAUGGUGCAGGCCGUGGAUCUCAUACAACGCGCCACCGUAUCCCCCUGGCCGGGCACGACCUUGCGCUUACUGAAGUUUCCCAUUAUGAACCCGCAGAGGUGGCAACUUUACAUGAGGAUGAUUCGUUUGAAGGAGGAGAGGCAGGAGUCAAAGGCCGAAGAGGAGAUUAGAAUCAAUGAUUUCAAGAUGACGCGUAAUCUGAAAUACGUUACGUUGCAAAGUCACAUCGGCCGAACUUUCUCGCAAAAUUUCGAAGUCCAGCCGAAGGGCAACCUGCUCAUCAUGAAGAAGUACAACACGAGCAUGCAGAACUUCUGCUUGGACGAGACCAGGAAGUACAAGUACAGCCGAUGGUGUUACGACACGCCCGGCACCAUUCAACGGGAUCAGAUUCUGGAUCUACUGACGACAGAGGAACUGUUGCUGGUUUUGCCGCAGCGGACAAUCGCACCGAGAACGUUCAUCUUGCAACCGAGUCAGACGAUAUUCUUGGCCGGACUUGGUAGACUGGAUUUCCUGGAGGGCGACGAUUUUAUCAGGUGUACGAUAUUUGCGAGCCACAAGUUGCCGGUGACUUUAACUCGAAUUGUGGACGCGGAUGACGUAUACAACGAGUUGUUGAGCACGGAAGCCUUCGUCGUGCCUGAGAACAAUCCGGACCGACUGAAACACUGGCCGGCGUUAGGAUCCAAAGAGAUGGAAGUCACCGGUAUCGGGAAGAACAUAUCGGUUGCCGAUGUUGUUUUAUCAAGCGCAGGGUGGAUGGCGAUCAGCACCGAGAAGGACUAUCGUGUCUUAUUGAGGGCCUGGAGCCCGCAAGGUCGCGGCUUACACCUCAGAACGCCAGCACUCCUGAUGAAAUCCGUUGGCCUGCGCGGCGAUCGGAUUCCAUCCACGCCGACGUACAAGGUCGGACGAGCAGCGUAUAUUAAGACAUAAAAAAAAGAAAGAAUAAUC